UUUUAUGGGUAGGCUGCACUACGCGUCCUGACGCGCUGAAGGUGCCAGAGAUGAGAACAACUCAAGCUGAGGAGGGUACUGUUGUAAGGAUCGCGGAUGUACAGCUGAAAGGAAUUGGAAACAUAUCAUCCUCUUUAAAAAAUGGCCAAAAAUACUUCUCUAUAUUUUCGUAUUGUAGAGGGCAGAAACCUGUCAGCCAAAGACGUAUCGGGGACCAGUGACCCAUACUGCAUUGUGAAAGUUGACAAUGAAGUUGUGGCCAGGACAGCUACCGUGUGGAAGAACCUCAACCCUUUCUGGGGUGAAGAGUACACACUCCACCUGCCAAUGGGGUUCCACACACUCUCCUUCUACGUCAUGGAUGAAGAUACGAUUGGCCAUGAUGAUGUCAUUGGGAAGAUAUCUCUCAGCAAAGAGGCCGUCGGAUCACACGCUAAAGGCCUGGACAGCUGGAUGAACCUGAUUAGGGUGGACCCUGAUGAGGAAGUCCAGGGGGAGAUCCACCUGGGUCUAGAGCUGCUGAAAGAUGCCCAGAGGAUAGGCCUGCGUUGUCACUUUAUAGAGGCCAGAGACCUGGCUCCACGAGAUAUCUCCGGCACCUCUGACCCCUUUGCCAGAAUCCUCUUCAACAACCACAGCGCCGAGACCUCUAUCAUCAAGAAGACCCGGUUCCCACACUGGGGGGAGACGCUGGAGCUGGAGCUGGAAACGGAGGAGCUGACCGAGGGAGGGAUGGUCACUCUGGAGGUCUGGGACUGGGACAUGGUGGGGAAGAACGACUUCCUGGGCAAGGUGGAAAUCCCUCUUGCGUGUCUGCAUAAGACACCUUUGCUGCAGGGUUGGUUUCGCCUGCUGCCCCUGGGAAACCACGACGACGAUGCCGGAGGCAAGCUGGGAGCUCUGCGUCUGAAGGUUCGCCUAGUGGAGGACAGGAUCCUGCCCUCCCUGUACUACCAGCCUCUGCUGGACCUGCUGGUAGAGUCAGUGAUCUCCCCUGCGGAGGUGGAGGACCACAGUCCUCUGACCAUGCUGGAGGAAGUGACCACGGUGGAGAGCAGGCAGGAUGUGGCCAUGACUCUGGUGAAGAUCUACCUGGGCCAGGGGCUGGUGGUGCCCUUCCUGGACUACCUCAACACUCGCGAGGUCAACCACACCUCGGAUCCAAACACCCUGUUUCGUUCCAACUCCCUGGCAUCCAAAGCCAUGGAGCAGUUUAUGAAGGCAGUGGGGAUGCUGUACCUGCACGAGGUGUUGAAGCCCAUCAUCAACCGCAUCUUCGACGACAAGAAGUACAUCGAACUGGACCCGUGUAAGAUCGACCUAAACAGAACCAGGCGGAUCUCCUUCAAAGGGGCGGUGUCGGAGGCGGAGGUGCGCGAGAGCAGCGUGGAGAUGCUGCAGGGAUACCUGGCCAACAUCGUUGAGUCCAUCGUCAGCUCCGUGGCUCAGUGUCCCCCGGUCAUGAGGGUGGCCUUCAAGCAGCUCCACAAGAGGGUGGAGGAGCAGUUCCCCGAGCCGCGGAACGAGGAUGUGAAAUAUCUGGCCAUCAGCGGCUUCUUCUUCCUGCGUUUCUUUGCCCCCGCCAUUCUCACGCCCAAACUCUUCCACCUGAGGGACCAACACGCGGACACUCGCACUAGCAGGACACUGUUACUGUUGGCCAAGGCUGUGCAGAGUGUGGGGAACCUGGGCAUCCAGCUGGGUCAUGGCAAGGAGCAGUGGAUGGCACCCCUCCAUCCCAUCAUUCUUUGCAGCGUGGCCUCGGUGAAAGACUUCCUGGACAAGCUCAUCGACAUCGACCACGACAGCGUGUCCGAGGCUCCCCAGAGAGCCGUGUUCCUGCCCUCGGUCACGGUGAAGGAGGGCUUCCUGCAGAAGCACAAGGCCGAGGGCCCUCAGCUCCUCUCUCGCUUCGCCUUCAAGAAGCGCUACUUCUGGCUGACCAGCGAGACCCUGUCCUACGCCAAGACUCCCGACUGGCAGGUGCGCUCCUCCAUCCCCAUCCAGCGCGUGGUUGCCGUGGAGAGGGUGGACGAGAACGCCUUCCAGCAGCAGAACGUGAUGCAGGUCGUCACCCAGGACAACGACGCCCAGCUGCACCCCAUGUACAUCCAGUGCAAGAACGUGAAUGAGCUGAACCAGUGGCUGUCGGCCAUCAGGAAGGCCAGCAUCUACAACGAGCGCAUGCUACCCUCCUUCCACCCGGGGGCGCACCGCAGCGGCAAGUGGACCUGCUGCCUCCAGACGGACCGGGCCGCUUUAGGUUGCAGUCGCACCCACUCUGCAGUGACUCUGGGGGACUGGAGCGACCCUCUGGACCCUGACGCGGAGGCCCAGACCAUCUACAAACAGCUGCUGCAGGGCCGAGACAAGCUCAGAAAACAGUACCUUGAGAUCCCGGCCAGCCAAGCCCCCCUAGAGGAGGAUGGAGCAGAGUGCAGUGGGCAGGUCCUCAGGCCCAGCCAGGCCGCUGCUGCCAGGCUGCUGGGGGUGAUCCUGGAUCUGGAGCAGGCCCACACCACCUUCCAGCGCCGGGAGAAGGAGGAGGACUCUAGCCUAAUCCUGACCCCCUGAAGUGGGGAUGCCCCAGGAGUCAGCCUUGGGGGGAUAGAGCCUGGGCACCAUCCCACCCCAGCCUCAGGGGAGGUCAGGUAAAGGACUCCUGUACUGGAGAGUAAAGGGACCGCAGAAGGCCCUCUGGACUGCUCCACCCCUGCCAUGGUUUCAGCAUGAAUGACCUCCUCCAGAGAUGAAUUCUUUAUGAACGUUGGACAAUGGCUACACGCCCUAACAAUGCCACUCUUUGACUGGGCCCCCCCCCCCCCCCCCACACACACACACACACACAGACACACACACACACAGACACACACACACACACACACACACAGACACACACACACACACACACAGACACACAGACACACACACAGACACACACACACACACACACAGACACACACACACACACACACACACACACAGACACACACACACACACAGACACACACACAGACACACACACACACAGACACACACACACACACACACACACAGUGUCAGAAAUUACGCCCUAACAAUGCCACUCUUUGACUGGGGUUUUUCACAGUCGCCCCCCCCCCCCCCCCACACACACACACACACACACACAGACACACACACAGUGUCAGAAAUUACGCCCUAACAUAGCAAAGGCUAGUUUUGGCAGUUGGAACUUUGACUAGUCAGGGCGCAAAGUGAGCCUGACGCAGGGACAGAUUGUGGUUGAGGAGGUUUCGUGUCAUCCCUGUGAUUCUGUCAGCUGUCGAGGAAUGUAAUGCAUGCCCUGCAUCAAUCAUUGUGAAAUGUGAAAAAGCUUUUGGUAUUCUCAAGUGUUGUACAGGACCUUAUUGGAGGAUGAUUAUGCAAUCUGCUUUUAGUGCACUCUACCUGAAUGUAUGCUAUUUUGAAAUUGCUUUUAUCGAUAUUUUCUACUCAUCUAAUUUUAUAUAUAUGUAUUCGCCACAACAGCAAAAAUGUAGCAAGGAGAUUAUCAGAGGUUUGAUAUAAUUUUCACAGUGGUAUAGCCUCUGAAAAGCGUAAGUAAAUGCUUUUAAAAAAGUGGCUGACAUUCCAUUAUAUGAUGCCUCUACUUAAGGCUUGUAUUUAUUAGGGGAAAAAAAUUGUUGCUGUUGUUGCCAUGGGCACCUGAGAUUUGAGAGCAUUUGACAAAGCUUCUGUGCGGUGCUACUGCUCUGUUGACUGUUGUGAAGUGGGAAAUAUUAAGAGAGAUAUCUGUGACUUUGCAGCAAUGUAAUAUUUUUAGGUAAUGUCAUGUUCAGUAAGCAUUUGCUCUCAGGUUUGUAUCUGAAAUUGUUGAGACAUCAGCAUUUGACUGAGAUGUGAUUGCUGCCAUUAUUUUAUUCAUUGUACUUUGUGCAGUAAAAGGAAAUAAUACAUUUAUUGAGAAUAUCCAUGAUUAUUAACACCAGCUAGCUGUUGUUUUAGUUGCUUUUUAAAAUUUUGAAAUGGCAACAUUUGAUUUAUUGACUCCUUCCCUCCAGUAUCUAACUAUUAUUGGUGGAAUGUUUAGAGCUGUAUUAGAUGAACAUCAGCCCCAUUGCAGGUGAGGACUGGUUUGUGAGCUCAGUGCUUUGGGAUGUGUGUGCCAUUGCUAUUGCCUAGACGAUGAGGGAGAAGUUGCCAAAAUGCCUUUUCUGCCAUGUCAAACCCUUCUCUUCUCAAGUCUACAGGAUACAUAUUUUAUAGUUGACGUGAUGUUUUACAAGAUGUUUCUUAGAACAUACUGUAUUUAAAAAUAUACAAUUUUUCUGUGUGGAAUGACGCUUUAAUGAACUUAGAGUUGUAAUAGAAAUUUAAAGUUGUAACAAGUUAUUAUAUUCAAAUGUGUUUCCAACAGUGCGAUUUUUUGCCUUUACUUUUCAUUUUGUUUCAGCGUAUUGUUUACCUCAGCUGCAAUCGACAAACAAACAAUCCUAAACAAGGCAUACCCAAAGUAAAUUGAAAGCAUGUUCUUGAACAAUUUGGAGUACAUGAGUGCUUGUGGUCUCUUUUGAAAGGUGACACUCCGAAGUUAGGGUUGGUUGGGGGGCUUCUUCUUCUGACGAGGUACUGGAUGGCUGUUGAAGGCUUUGGACAGGACAGCUCCUAUUGGGUCAAAUGAGGUGUCAAUCCAAAGGUCAGAGUGCAGUGGACAUUUUGAGACCGAGACGUCAGGGAUGUUUACAUCUGAACUUAAGUUAGAACAUAGUUUACAUGGAU